AUGGCGAUUACAGAGGCCUGGGGCCAGCGCUGUCCAUGCCCCAGCACUGGGCAUCUCUGCCAGCGCUUGGCCGCCAUCCCUCCCCCAGCUACGCACUCCUGGGAGCACCAGCUCCUGGACAUGUCCCACCCAGGGAUCCCGAUCCCUGCCAGAAGUGCCCGGCGGCUCCAGGUUCUAGAUGGGGAAGUUGAGGCCGGCGGCAGGCGCGCUCCACCGGGCGGGGGCGCGGCCCGGGAGCGGAGCGGCCGGCAGGGGGCUCCCCGCGCCGGUCUCCGCGGGAGGAAGCGCUGGCAGCUGCUCGGACGGGUCAAAGGAGGAAAAGGGAAAAUUACUGGGCUCCGGGGCGGGAAGGACUGCGGGCGGGCGAAGGGCGGGCCGGGGCGGGGCGCCGUCCGCUCGGCUCUGGGAGGCGGUGCGGGCGGGCGCUGGCCGCGUCCGCCCGCCGGGAGCCGCGGGGCGCGCAGCCUUCCUGAUGUGUCACCAGCACGUGGAGCCAGGUCGGGCCGCGGCGAGCAAGCCGACCCCCGCAACUUUCGAGGGGUCUCGCCGCCCCGCUCCUCUCCCGGCUUCGCCGGGCUCGCUCUCCUAGCGGAGGGGGCGGCGGCGGCCCCCAGGUCCCGGGCAGGUCGAGCGAGGCCACGGCCCCCGGCCAGGAGCUCGAGGGGCUCCCGGAACGUCGGGGCGCGGGCCCCGGCUAGCGGCUAUGGCCCCCGUGCCCAGGCAGCGGUGCGGACUCGGCCUUGCGGGAGGGUGCGGCCUGCUGCGAGAGGUCGGCCACGGCUCCCGCCCCGCGCCCCGCGCCCCUCGCCCGCCGAGCUGAGCGCAGGUAACCGAGGCAGAGCGGAGCUGGGCCUCGCAGGCGCGGCGUGGGAGCGUGGCGAAGUUUGUCGGCGCAUAACUCUUGCGCCCCACUCGGGAGUGGGGCUGCGGUGGGGAGGCUUUGGUCCCCGCACCUCCCCCUUCCCCAGCGCUGUCCCUCGGCCUGAGCCGAGGCGGCCCGGGGGUGGCGUGGAGGCCGCAGAGCGUCGUGUAACCCUUGGAGGGCUGGGUUUGGAGCCCGCGACCCGAGGUCGGGCGGGGCGGUGGACUUUCCCGGGGGACGCCGCCUGAGGGACACCCAGAGCUUCGGCGGAGCGGAGCGCGGUGCACAGAGCCGGCGGCCGGACCCAGCCCCGGGAAGCCCGUCGGGGACGCACCCCGAACUCCGAGGAUGGGAGCUGAGGGCUGGGUCUUUGCGGGCGAGAUGAGGGUGUCGGAUCAACUGGCCUACAAAGUCCCAGUUCUCGGCCCCCGGGACCAGCGUCUUCUCCCCGGUCCUCGCCCCAGGCCGGCUUCCUCCCGGGCUGGCGUGCGCUCCGGCCGGGCUGCCUCUCAGGUCCACGCUGGAGAAGGAGUGGUGAGGUGCGCUCGCCCCGGCUGCGUGCGGUGAUUCGGGAAAUCCCCGCACUUCGCUGGAGAAAUAGCGACGCUCUCGGAAGUGUGAGUCGGUCACUGCUUGGGGUCCGUACCCUUUGGGCAGACGUGGACCGCGCCCCGGCGACCUGGGUUGAGUGGACAGACGGGACCCGGCUUACCCAUGGGCCAAGCCCUGCCACUUACCGAGGCCUGCCCUGCUGUGCUUUCCAGGGCGGCAACCUUGAGCUUGGGGGUGGGGAGAACGGGGCCUGACUUCUAGAAUUGCCCCUGGGGAGGUGGGAAGCGGAGGUUUGGCCCGGUGGCGCAGGAAGCCCCUGUUCCUCUCCCAAACACCAUUUCAUUAAAGAUGGAUCUUUGUGGA